GAGAUCUCUCUCUUGAUGAGAUGGAUAAGAGACUGUGAUGGAUUAAAACCAGAGAGAGAACAGUUCCUGCUUUUGUAAAGGGUGUGGGUUUGGAGAGUUGUGAGAAUGCAAAGGAGGAGUACCCAGUUCACACGAGGGAAGAGAUGCUCUCACAGUUCUAUAGCUAUUAUGUGAAGAAGCCCAGAGAUGAUGUUCAGGCUAUGAUUGUUUACUGCGGCAAUGCAAAGAGCUACAAAGAAGCACAAGGGCUCAGCCACAGGCCUGAAGAGGGGGUUGCGACACAAGGGUCAGCCAGCAGUCAGAGUCUGCUGAGUGAAUGGACCAUGUACGAGGGUGAAGGGUACAAAAGGACUGUGAAGGUGCUGCAGUGUGACACGCUGGACUUACCCAGGAAGUUGGAAGACAGGCUUCCUUUCACUCUGUGUGUGAUGGAUUUGCCCUGUGGCUGGAAUGCAGAGGAUUCUGUAGGAGACGAAGAAAAGUUUGCCAGAGUACAGAUCCUUACAUGUGGCCGUACCAUAAAGGAGAUCACAAUCUCGUGGGGCAAUGACUUCGUUCCUGCGAGCGACGUCGUCAUGGACAAGCUGCGCAGGAAGUCGAGAGUGUGGCGUCAUGUGAUGCAGGGUCAGAGGUUGGGAACAUGGGAGAAGAGGCAUGGGGACUAUAAGCUGCGCUGUAAUUAUUGCAAGCAUGUCUGGCAGGGGAAUUUGUUCAAGGCACAGCGCCACUUCACACAGAUGAAGAGGUGCUCGGCGGCGACGAUGGACGUGUUCGUUGACAUUUGGAACCACACGGAUUACGAGUUCCAUAACCGACAUCACCGCGGUAUCGUGGCUUACAUGAGGGAGCACGAUACUGUGGAUAGACGAGUUGUGGACGUCCAGCGAGGCAGUGGCAGGGGGAGGACGGCAGCGUCGCAGUCGCAAGCAGAGGAGCUCGAUCCUGUGGAUGAGGUGGAGAGGUUCCUGGACGAGCAGGCCAGGCGAGCAGAGGCUGGGGAGGGUGGAGGGACAGCCGCAGCAGAGGAUUUGUCGGGGGAGGAGGUGGUCAUGACUGCGCAAGGGAGAAGCGCCGCUCACCAUGGGCAGGCCGCAUUCAGGGACACCUUUUUGCAGUGGUGCUACGAUAGUGGUAUACCAUUUAAUGCUUUCAGGAGGCAGUUAUGGUAUAGGCACAAGAAGGCGUUGGCCGCCAUGUCUCACGGAGUGCGGCCUGUCUAUCCGUCCUUCAAGGACAUUGGGGGCGGUGGUAUCGAUGAUCAGCGGGGGAAGGUUGCGGGGAUGUUGAUGGAGGUCCGUGCUUCAUUCGAGUCGGUGGGGGCCACCAUUUUGUCGGACGGUAGGCAAUGGCGAGACGCGAGGCCUAUCGUCAACUUCCUAGCGGCCGCCAAGCGCGGCGCCCUGUUGUACGUCACCGUCCAGCGAGACGGUUCAGUGGCCGAGACGACACGGAUCGUCCUGAGGAGAUGGAAGGCCAUUUUUUUAUCUCUCCCUCCGAAGGACGUGUUGGCCAUUUGCACGGACUCUGCGUCGAACUAUACAUCCGCCGCAAAGCUCCUUGCAAAGGACCCCGAUCCGGAGAUCCGCCGUAUCACUUGGCUCCCCUGUGCCACCCAUGUGGCCAACUUGAUGUUGUCUGACAUCGGCACAGGGGUUCCUUGGGUUACGGAGACCAUUGUCAGAGCUCGAGCGUUGGUGCGAUUCAUUAAAUCGCACGGCGCGGCUUAUCACCUUUUCAGGGUGAAGAGUCGUCGCCGCACGCUUGUGCACCCUGUGGAGACGCAAUUCGCGUUCGUUUUUUUUAUGUUUGUGUGUUUGCUCGCCAGGCGUAACGCCUUGGAGAGCAUGCUUCAUGACGACGAGUGGGACAAGAUCCCAUGGGAGUCGUCGAAGCGCAGACAGGCUCUCUGGGUUCGGCAGGUCAUCCGGUGCGCCGAUUUCUGGUGCAACGUUCAGUAUGCUGUCUCUGUCAUGACCCCUGUCCACCAGCUGUUGAGGAGAUUGGACAGAGGCGGCAUGAUCAUGUCCAUGAUGUACUCAUGGUCGCAGGAGUUGGCGCGACAGGUGGCUGUUGUUGACGUCCCUGAUGACAUGCAGAGGCCGUGCGUGGAGGCGGUGCAGAUCCGCACCAUGCAUAUGCUUGAGCCGGCGCACGCUGCGGUGCACCUGCUCAACCCCCGCAGGCGCUCCCUCCGUUACUACGAGUCCCCCCGCAGGACAGCUGCGGACCUCGAGGUCAUUACCGAGUGCGACUCGUUUUUCCUAGCGCAGACAGGCGGUGAUGCGGCGGGGGAUGCAUACUUGCGGGUGCGUCAGCAGAUGCGAUCCUUCCACUCCAGGGUUGGCCACACGACGGACAGGGUGACGAGGGACGCCGAGGCGGAGGCCUGUGUAGGGGACGAGGAGACGAGCAGGUGCGCGUCAUGGUGGGUGGAGCAUGGCGCAUGCUUCCCGGACUUGCACGAGAUCGCUGGCCGUGUGAUGCACAUGUGGACGUCCGCCUCUCCUGCUGAGAGGAAUUGGGCAGAGCAUGAGCGCAUCCAGACGGCCAAGCGCAACAAGCUCAAGUUCAGGAAGGUCACACAGUUAGUUGAGAUUGCUACCAAUCUCAAACUACUUGGCUGCAGCGACCGCAGCGGGGGGUACGUUCUUCCGUGGGGCCACAUGGAGACCCUGGCUGAGGCGCGCCCUGACGAGUACACACACACCCCGACCACCGCCGACAGGGAUGAUGAGGAGGAGCCUGAGCCAGAGGAGUGGGGAGCCCGACCUCGGUCGGCAGUGGCCGCACACGAGGUUAGUGCACAGGUCCGCCGAUUCCAGCAGCAGGGUUCUCGUCGUCCGGAGCGAGUUGCUGAGGUUUUCGGUCCCAGAGCCGAGACACUUCAUCCUUACGACUAUGUGCCCCCACCGCCAGCAGAGUCGGCGGAGACGUUGGAGCAGGAGUCCGACACGGAGGAUUUGCCGCCCGGUGUAGAUAAGAGUGUCGAGAGACUCUACUACACGUACGGUGCAGGACCGGACGGUUUUCAGCCACACUGCACCGUCAUUCAGGAGAGCGACGACGAUUCCUUUUCCCCUAGUGGGGGUGGUACUGGUGGGCCGACGGGACGUGCUGCACGAGGCGCGAGUGGAGGUGUUACAGGCGAGCCUAGUGGAGGGGUCACACACGACGAGGGAGGACGUACUUCAUUACCUGCUCAGCCCAGUGCUGAGAGAGAGAGGGAGCACGCAAGGCCGGCCUGCACGGAUGACGACGACAACGACGACGACGACGGCGUGCCAUUGGUCUUUCACAGAGCACGCAUGACGAGCGACAGAGCUCCGUCCGCCACCGAGGGUCUUAGGAGAUCACUACGGUUGCAGACGCAGGCCGACUCGUCCACGGGCGUCAGACGCGAGGUGUCCGGCCACCUGGAUGACAUUACAGCCGAUGAGCAUAUGCCGAGCCAGCACACACCCGCCUCGGCACCUCCAGGGGACAGGGAGCAGACAGACCUAUGCACGAGUGACUUUCCUGGACUCGAACACGGACUUUCUGACACCGGUUUUCCAGGACGGGGCCACAGGGGAGAGAGAGUGGGGGAUGACGUCGAGUAUCGUCCUACGGAGGCCGGUGUACCGGAGUUGACGGAGGAGCUCCAUGCCCGCUUGGAUCGAGAGGAGGAGCAGCGGUUGGAGGUGUUGCAGAGAGAGUGGGCGGGUAGAGCCGUGUACAUGGCGGAGCAGCAGCGUGCUCGGGAUUUGGAGACCGGUGCUGUAGUACCUGAUCCGGGCGGGGUGGAGCAUCACGAUCCAUUUGCACCUGACCUUGCACAGACUGAGGGGCACCGUGAUCCGACCGUGUCAGAGCAUGGAGAUCCUGCCGUGUCCGACGUCGUACUUGGAUUUCGUGCGGCAGACACGUUGCAGCCCGAUGAUGUACGGACUGAGGAGGCAGUUCGUAUGGAGGGUGAUUCUGACGAGCAUGGGGACAGAGGGCGUGGACCCGGUGUGGAGGCCGAUGAUGGGGCGGAUACUGCGAGGCGACUUUCACCGUUGCCUAGUGCCGGUCCAGGUCGAUUGUCACACGGCCCCAUUGGGGGUGACGACAUGGACCUGCAGACUGAUGAUCCGGAGGAGGUCGGAGGCAGUACGUCUUUGGCGUUAGUGUUGUGGCAUCCUUCAUCGGUGGCGCACAACGUUUCGUCAGAGAAUGUCGAGGGAGGAGGCGGUGCCGAUGAGGAGGAGGAGGGCGGUAUACCACCUGACCUUUAGGACCACGCCAGAGCAGAUAUGGAGGAGGGGGAGAUUACACCUGGGCCACUCGACCCUG